AUUUACUUCCUUCUUGCAGUGGUCCAACACGACGAUCCCGAACCCGCGUCCGUGUAGGGAGGGAGGGAGAGGACGCCCCUCCUAGCGGAAAUGCAAUGUCACUGUUGAGGAGGGGGUGUGGCGCUCGCCAUUCACCAAAACAAAAUCAGCACGCCGCAGACCGAUCCAGAAAGACGUUCCGUGCUGCACGGAACCAGCCCUCCCCUUUGUGCGCGUACACUUGUGGGAUCCGGUCCCUCAUCACGUCCGGAACCAGCUCGGAUUACGCAGAUUUACCCAAACCUCCCACGGAUGCUUCGUCGUGGCCUGGACAACCCCGAGAUGAGGAUGCGGUAAAGUAACCAGGGCUGUGAGCCGCUCGCUGGGUGGUGAUGAGCAGUCACAGCAGCAGCAGCAGGGGAAGUAGCCAACAUGCCGACACUACCCCCUGUCGGAACACGCCCGGACCCAAGCUGCAGGUUCAGCGCUCCCUUUCCCGUGAUACCAUCACCAUCCACUUUUCCGCAUUGGGCAAAGAAGAGGACGACGAGGAAGAUGAGCUUUAUGGUGUGGACAGCGGAGGGAAACCUGGGCUGGAUGGUUCAUCACGUCUUACUGAUUUUGCGCCUAAAGAGGAGCUGUUUUUUGAUUCUGUGACCACUACUGCCUCUCCAGCCAUGACAAUCAUUCCCACCUUCACCAGUCCUCAGCUUGGCUCCACUCCAACCACCAGCUCCUCCUGGCCUUCUGAACGUCCUUUAACCAAUCCUCCACCAACAAGCUCUGGCUCAUCCUCCCCUUGCAAAUCUGCUGGGAUUUCAUCCUCCAGACCUUUCCUCAGCCUGGUCAGGUCCUUGUCCAAUGACAUAGAGGCCCGUGAACCAGCCCCCCCUCCGACCACGGUUGCACCUUCGCACGCCCGCCAUAGACACUUAAUGAAAUCUUUCGUCAAGUCCCUUUCUACUGACUCGUCAAAAGGCGAGCACCAAGAAGGGUCUGUUCACCAAAUCCUCCAAGUACAGCCAUCCCAUCGGCCGCCUCCUCGCAACAUGCAGCUCUUUAAGCAGUUCUCCCAGCCUCGCCUCUCUUCCACUCCUGUCAUUGCCUGUCAGGUUGGUGGGGACUCCAAAACAGCCCCCUCAUCACCCACCAUGUCCCCUGAUGGUAGGUCCUUCUUCAAAGUUCAAGAGGUGGAAGCAAAAAUAGAAGACACAAGGCGCCGUCUCUCAGAAGUGAUGGCAGACCCCCUGCAGCUUUUUAGUAAGAUCAUGGGAGAGGAAUCUGUAACAGGCGGAGUUGGAAGUGGCCCUCAUCGAGCCAGGUUGCUGUCGUCAAGUGCUUCGGAGCUGAGUGGGAUGACAGCUGUUAACGGACACUCAGAAACUUACAAUUACAGCAUCAAAGAGGAGGAAGGACCUGAAGGGGAAGAUGAUGAAAAAACUCCCACUGGUAGAGGACCAGACUCUGUGUUCUUCUCCUUUCCCUCACCGACACCAGCACCAACUCUCAGUCAGACUACCGCGUCAACUUUCACCAGGUCUCCGUCGCUCACUUUGGGUCGCUGCUCAAUGUCGGCCCUGGUCGCUCGUCAGGAGGAUGAGGACUUCUGUGAACUUUACAGUGAAGACUUUGAGUUGUGCACUGACACAGAGACUCCAGAUGGGGAGCACCCCGGAUCCCGGGGCCCCCACACUGGUAGCACUGGGGUGUGUAGUGAGCUGGAUAUUGAAGAAGAAAUUGAGGACGUGGAAACCGUGCCUUGGAUUGGUUUGGUUUGCCUGUCGCAGUUGAUGUACUGGUACUUAAUCCUUCCAUUGUCACCAUACGUAUGCGCGGUGGUCCAUGGGAUUUUUGCAGGCUUUAUGUUGGCCAUUCUGGUCCUUUGGCUGUCAGCUCCACGGCGGUCCUACUUGGGAACGAGGACGCGAAGACGCAGGAUAGAACCUUGGAAUGUGGCCCAGCUUGAUAUCAAAGAACCAGAUAUAUUCAAGGGCUGGAUGAAUGAGAUCCACAGCUACGACCCGGAGAUGUACCACGCCACCCUGACGCACUCCGUGUACGUCCGCCUAGAAGGUUCCGUCCUGCGACUGUCGAAACCCAACCGGAACAUCUCCCGACGUGCCACUCACAAUGAGCCUAAACCUGACGUCACCUACAUCAGCCAGAAGAUCUACGACCUGACUGAUAGCAAGAUCUACCUGAUGCCACAAAGCCUAGCGAGGAAAAGAGUUUGGAAUAAGAAGUAUCCCAUAUGCAUUGAGCUGGCCAAACAGGACGACUUCAUGUCCAAGGCUCAGGGGGAGAAGGCCGAAGGUGAAGAGGAAAAACCAACAACAAUGGUGGACAACAAGGUUGAAAAAGCCGACGCAUCCACAGAGGAGCCGAAGAAGCCGAUGCCUGGAGGAGGGGAUUUGACAAUCUACCUGUUCGGGAGGACGGGCCGUGAAAAAGAGGAAUGGUUUCGGAGAUUGCUGCUUGCGUCCCAGAUGAAGUCUGAUGGGCGAGGCGGCGGUCUGCCCAAAAGUGCCUUGCAGCCCACCCCAAGCCACAGCAACCAAUCCGUCAGCAGCCAGGAAACUGAUGAAGCGUGCCACCCUCCACAUCGCCACCGGGAGAGCUCCUCAGGUUCCUCCGGUGCUGGCGUGAGGCAGAAGAUGUUUUUGGACUACAAUCUGUAUAUGGCCAAAUAUGUCAACCCCCAGCUUGAGCCCGCAAGCCCAGUCGUCACUGAAAGCCCUGGGCACAGCCCGGAAAGAAGUCCAAAAACUACCAAAAAGGUGCCCAUGAGUUCAGACCAGCUUGCUGAACCAGAAGCCUGGGUCAACGCGUUUCUGGGCAGAAUAUUCUGGGACUUCCUGGGAGAGAAAUACUGGGCCAAUGUCGUCGCCAAAAAGAUCCAAAUGAAGCUCAGUAAGAUCCGGCUGCCAUACGUAAUGAAUGAGCUCACGCUGACAGAACUUGACAUGGGUUUCUCCAUUCCCAAGAUUCUUGGUGCCUCCAAACCUUCUGUGGACCACCAAGGUUUGUGGUUUGAUUUGGAGGUCUCCUACACUGGUUCCUUCCUUAUGACCCUGGAGACCAAGAUGAACCUGGCCCGUCUGGGCAAAGAGGGCGAAGGCCUCGGCGAGCACGGGAAGGAGUGGUCAAGGCCACGCACUUACUGUCUGGCAGACAGCGACGAGGAGUCCUCCAGUGCUGGUUCCUCGGAUGAGGAGGAUCCUCCAGAACUUUUUAGUGACAAAACUGUUCUCCCUGGAAGCGAAGGCUACGUGGGAGGCCACCGGCCCAGCAAAAUCAUGCGCUUUGUGGACAAGAUCGCCAAGUCAAAGUAUUUCCAGAAGGCGACAGAGACUGAGUUCAUCAAGAAGAAGAUGGAGGAGGUGGCCAACACGCCUCUACUGCUCACAGUUGAGGUCCAGGAAUGUCGAGGGACUCUGGCUGUCAACAUCCCACCGCCACCUACAGACAGGAUAUGGUACGGUUUCCGCAGUCCACCUCACUUGGAGCUCAAAGCUCGGCCAAAGCUUGGUGAAAGGGAAGUCACUUUGGUCCACGUGACAGAUUGGAUUGAGAAGAAACUUGAGCAAGAGUUUCAGAAAAUAUUUGUCAUGCCAAACAUGGAUGACUUGUGGCUACCCAUCAUGCACUCUGCCAUGGACAUGCGUUCAAAUGCCAGCUCAAUGACCGAGUCAAACGAUGCCUUGAAGGGCCUGGAACCUGAAGAGUCUGAGGUCUCGUACAUGUGAAGAAGCCGUCCGGAUUGCUGUUUUUCGCCAUGGCAAUACAGUAUACUGAGUGUGUGUGUGUGUGUGUGUGCUCGUGCGGCUCAACAUGGAUGUUCUCUUAUCAUUUGUGGCCGAUUCUAAAAGAUUUAACGUGUCUAGACAGCAAUUGGAUUGAAUGAUAGCAACCAUCGAACCUGUGAUGUACAGCUACACCAAACUUGAGUUGUACAGUGUAUAUUUUUUGACCUUUACAAUGCUUGCGGGAAGUUUGUUGACCGAAGUGGGCAAACAUGUAAGGGAAUGUUGAGGGAAAAAACAGAUGUACCGGUACAUGUACAAAUUUUCUAUAUAGCCCAGGCUGUAUAGUUUGAAUCUUAUGUAAUGUGUAAAAAGGACUUGGAAAAAGGAGAGGCUUGUAUUUAAAUUUCAAAUAGUCAGUUUUGCUGAAAUCGGAUGAAUGUAUUUCUAAAAGUCGCUCAUUCACUUACCGAUGUGCUUCUUAGCAAAACUUUUCAUUCAAAGUGCGUUUUGCCUACUUUAAUUUGUUUUUAAUGCCAAAAUUUUUCAAUCCGGCUUGAAGGGUAAAUAGUGACAAAUGUGCAUUUUUUUUUUAAAAAAUAUUUUUAGUUAUGGGAGACAAAAAGUGCAGUUUUCUGGAUUUUAGCCAUAUUGUUUUAAUGUUGUCAUAAUUUGUAUAGCAGAAUUCUACAGUGCUGGCCAAAAGUAUUGGCACCCCUGCAAUUCUGUCAGAUAAUGCUCAAUUUCUCCCAGAAAAUGAUUGCAAUUACAUGUUUUGGUAGUAAUAUUUUCGUUUAAUUUGCUUGCAAUGAAAAAACUCAAAGGAGAAUGGGGGAAAAAAUUAAAUCAUAAUCAUUUUACACAGAACUCCAAAAAUGGGCCGGACUAAAGUUUUGGCACCCUCAGCCUAAUACUUGGUAGCACAACCUUUAGAGAAAAUAACUGCGAACAACCGCUUCCGGUAUCUAUCAUUGAGUUUCUGCUGGAAUUUUAGACCAUUCGUCUUUGGCCAACUGCUCCAGGUCUCUGAGAUUCGAAGGGUGCUUUCUCCAAACUGCCAUUUUCAGAUCUCUCCACAGGUGUCCAAUGAGAUUCCAGUCUGGACUCAUUGCUGUCCACUUUAGAAGUGUCCAGUGCUUUCUCUCAAACCAUUUUCUAGUGCUUUUUGACGUGUGUUUGGGGUCAUUGUCCUGCUGGAAGACCCAUGACCUCUAAGGGAGACCCAGCUUUCUCACACUGGGCCCUACAUUGUGCUGCAAAAUUUGUUGGUAGUCUUCAGACUUCAUAAUGCCAUGCACACGGUCAAGCAGUCCAGUGCCAGAGGCAGCAAAGCAACCCCAAAACAUCAGGGGACCUCUGCCAUGUUUGACUGUGGGGACCGUGUUUUCUUUGAAGGCCUAGUUUUUUCACCCUGUAAACUCUAUCUUGAUGCAUUUUCCCAAAAAGCUCUACUUUUGUCUCAUCUGACCAGAGAACAUUCGUCCAAAACGUUUUUGGCUUUUUUACGUCUCUGGGUCAGAAGUGGGGUCUUCCUGGGUAUCCUAUAGUACGGGUUGACACUGUUGUACCCUCGGACUGCAGGACAGCUUGAACUUGUUUGGAUUUAGUCUGGGUUCUUUAUCCACCAUCCGCACAAUCUUUAAUUGAAAUCUCUAGUCAAUUUUUCUUUUCCGUCCACAUCUAUGGAGGUUAGCCACAGUACCAUGGGCUUAACACUUAUUGAUGACACUGUGCACGGUAGACACAGGAACAUUCAGGUAUUUGGAGAUGGACUUGUUGCCUUGAGAUGCCCAUGCUUCCUCACGAUUUUGCUUCUCAAGUCCUCAGUUCUUUGGUCGUCUUUUCUCCAUGCUCAGUGUGGUACACACAAGGACACAGGACAGACGUUGAGUCAACUUUAAUCCAUUUUAACUGGCUGAAAGUGUGAUUUAGUUAUUGCCACCACCUGUUAUGGGCCACAGGUAAGUAACAGGUGCUGUUAAUUACUCAAAUUAGAGAAGCAUCACAUUAUUUUUGAAAGGCUUUCAAUACUUUUGUCCGGCCCAUUUUUGGAGUUUUGUGUAAAAUCAUAAUGAUUCCAUUCCCCUGCCCCAUCAUCUUUUGUGUUUUUUCAUUGAAGCAAAAUAAAUGAAGAUAUUACUACCGAAGCAUUUGUAAUUGCAAUCAUUUUCUGGGAGAAAUUGAGCGUCAUCUGACAGAAUUGCAGGGGUGCCAAUACUUUUGGCCAGCAGUGUAACUGGCACUAUCGCCAUCAAUGGCAGCCAAUGAAUUUAGAGCAAGUGAGAUCAGACAUUUAGACAAGAAAUGCCUCUUGCCAUUCAAAAUGUGCUGUUUAUUCUGUACCAUACGCCAAACUAAGGUGAUAUUCAUCAUCUGCCAAUGUUUUGUUGCUUCACAGGGGACUUUGUUUUCAAAUGUGUUAAGUGUAUCAGGCAGAAAGUGCCUUUAUGAGAAGCUAACAUUCCUCUACAGUGAUCUAUUGGUUGCAACCAUGCUUAAAAGGGAAAAAAAAGUUGUGCCAUUAUUGUUGAUCUUGUCCCCACGGUUUUUUGAUGUUCAUUUGCACUGUGACAAAAAUGUCAAACAUUGCUGUUGUGUUCAGUGAUGUCAGAAUGUUAUGGUUCAGGUCAUUGUGGAUCAAUAAUAAAAACUUUUGCGCAAAGUGGGGGUCUUAGAGAAAAAUACCUUUCAUGAUCACAUCAUUUGCAU